AUGAAAAAUGCUCCUGGUAACAACAAAUUAACUUCACCGGAUAUCCAAAAGGAAAUAGUGAGUGCAGCUGCAAUGGAAACUAUGGAUGCGAUUCGUGAUGAUGUUGGAGAUGCUUUCUUUGUUGUUAUGGUUGACGAAUCUCGUGAUGUAUCAGUGAGAGAACAAAUGGCAGUUGUUAUACGUUAUGCAACAAGAAAGGAUGUGUUAUUGAAAGUUACUAGAGUUGUUCCUAUUGUUUCUGCAUCAUGCAAACGUAGAGAUGUUCUUCGAGAAAAAGAACUUGCUAGAGUGGUAGAACUUGUUGAAAAAGGUGAACGUUUAAGUGGUUCAGGAUUGAAUCAUGAAGCUAGCCUCAAACGACCUUCUGAUGACACGCGUUGGGGUACACAUUACAAUACAUUGUUGAGUUUAAUUUUGAUGUUUCCAUCCGUAUUAUAUAUGUUUGAGAUUGUCAGUCGAGAAGGUUCUAGUGAAGCGAGGGGAGAAGCAUAUGCUUAUCAGAUCUUGAUGUCUACAUUUGAUUUUGUCUUUACCUUGUUUUUGGUAAGAACUUUAUUGGGAAUCACUAACGAAUUGUCGCUAUCUUUGCAAAGAAAGGAUCAAGAUAUUGUGAAUGCUAUGAACUUGGUGAAGAUAUCUAAAUACCAACUUCAGAGAAUGAGAGACGAUGGAUGGGAUGCACUUCUUAGUGAGGUUUCCAUGUUUUGUGCUAAAAAUAAUAUCAUAGUUCUUGAUAUGAUGUCUACAUAUGUACCACUAGGAAGAGGACGGCGUAAUUUAUAG